AUGGAGUGGCAUGGGCCGGUCCCAUGGCCUGUGGUCCCCUUGGCAAGUGACUUCGGAGAGGAAAGAUGGGUAAAUUCCAUCUUCGAUCCUGUGCCCAAGAUCCCACCAGUGAAGGAUGUUUGGGACAAAGAAGAGGAAGAGGAAGAAGAAGAGGAAGAGGAGGGAGAGGAGGAAGAGGAGGAGGAAAAGGAGAUUGUAGACAAAGAAGAAGAGAAAGAAGAAAACAGGAUCAAGACCCUUCUUGGAGAACCCAGGCAGGACUCAGUGUGGGGCCUGAUGGCUUGGCCCAGGCCCUCCCCAGAGCAAGCCCGGUGGUGGGAAGAAUUUUCCCUGCCCCCACUCCGUGGAUCCUGCCUCUGUCAGUGCAGACUGAGGGCAAAGACGAAGCUCCACCCCCUGCCCUCCCUGGCCUCCUGCUCCACCUCCAAAUUGUUGCCCUUAUUGGAGACCAAGGAAGAAGAGCCUUUUUGGCUAAGAAACCAGCCUCUGCUGGAGCCUCCACCCGCUUCCAGACUGAAGCCCAGGCUUCCUCCCAAGGUCUCCCCCAAGAGAUCUACUGUCCCCAAACCCGGGCGGCAGCAGACCUCAUUGUCAAUGUGGCCUCCAAUUAUUCUCGACCCCCCCUGCAAGAGUUCUGCUCUUAAGGGACAACACACAUCCUCUGCCAAGGAGGUCCCCCAUACCCUAGGUGCCUGGGGCAAUCCCUUGCCCCACCUUUCCUCAAAAUAA